AUGGCGAUGGAUGUAAGAGUAGCGCUGUCAGUCGGACGGCGUCUCUUGUUUCUCGCCGCCACAAUAGGCGUUUUCUCAGCGUCCAUCGCUCUAGCAGCAUCCGUCACUCAAGAACCGUCUCCAACUAUUGGAUCAUCAAUCCAAGAGGCUUUGAAGGACUUCACCCGUCACGUCAGCAUCGAAAACCGUUGGCCGACGUCCAUGACUCGUGUCAGCAGAGUGGAUUUGGAGGACGCCACGUGGCAGCGCGUGUUGCAGUACGACUUUGAGGUGCAGCUCGGCGCGCAGCGGAAAGCCUUUUCCCUUUCGGAGCAGCUAAGCCCCCCCGAGUACCUCCAUCCCCACUUGCCGCCUCUUGCCGCACCCGACGCUGCUAGUAUCGACGAAUCGACGGGGCAAACAGAAGAGAAGCAAGCAAUCGGUGUUUCCGAGGAGAGUAAAAACGGAGACGCAGGAAAAUCAGGAGCACAUGCUUUUGCGGACGGGGGUUCUCUUGCGCUGCGAGGCGACUCGCUGCUACAAUCAGUUUCAGGGUCGGUGCUGACGUCAGCGGCGGCGGGGUCGCUGCCGCCGGUGACGGUGGAGGGGCCGAUGGAGAUGUGGGUGCAGGACGCGGAGCAAGUGCGCCUCGCCAUGCCGCACGACGUGGAUGCGGGCGAGGUGAGGAAGGUCGUGCUCGCGUCAGGCGCCGCCGUCACCGUGCACGGCGCGCAAGCAGUCGCCUUGGCGCGCCCGCUGCAGCUCCCCCUCCCCUCUCUCUCCGCGCAAUCCCUCUCCGCCUCCGCCGCCUCUUCCGCGCUCCUCGGCCUCGCGGAAAAGCUCAAAGCCGCCGCGCUUUCCUGGUCCUCCCCGUCCCGCGCGCCCUCGUCCGCGUCCCCCCUGCCGCGCGAGCUCGUGUCGCUCCGCGUGGUGCGCCCCUCCGCCAUCGUCGCCGCCAGCGUGCCGCUCUCCCCGCUCCCCCCCGCUCGGGACGUCGCCAGCAUCGACCUGGUGGAGGCGGUUUCUGGGGCGGGUGCAACUGACGACCUUGGGAAUACCGCCGCAGCCACUAGUGCCGCGACCGCUCUUGCGCCCGCCAAGCUCAGAGUCAAACGGAUCGCAGCAGGUGCAGUGGAGCUGACGUCAGCGAGGCCGCGAUCCACGUCAGAAGCAGCAGCAAGAGGCGGCGCCCUUUCUUCCCUCGCGGCGGCGCUACCUCUGGCGUCGCUCACGGCCCCUCCCGGCCCAUGGCCGUUCCCAGCAGUGAAUCGAUCUGAUGGGCGGCUGACGGCGCUGGGGGAGGCGCUGCAGGGCGCGCUGGGGGAGAUGCUGGCGCAGCAGGGCAAGGGGAAGGGGGGGAAGGGUGGUGGUGGUGCCUCUGACGGUUUGCCCCGCGUGUUCCAGUUGGUAAAGGCCAGUGCUUCUGCUGGCCGGGUGGUUCGCAUUCCUCUACAGGUGGAAUUGCGGGUGGAGGGCGUUGGCCAGUCCAUGCUGUCUAUGGCGCUCAAUAACGAGACUGCUUCAAAUGAGGACGGAACGAGGACAGAAGCAGGGAAGGGUGGGAUGAAGGAGGGAACAGAGAAGCAGAAGGUGGAUGGGAGUGACAGCAGGGAGAGGAGGGGAGAGGCGGGUGGGAAGAAGGGGGGCGAGCGUGAGUCAGUUGUCAUGACACGUCAGCAGUGGGAGCUGGUAGCGCAGGUGGAUGGCGGCGGUCGGCUGGUUCCCGUGCAUGUGAGACGAGUGGGGUCAGUGGGGCCGUCCAUGGUGGUGGCGCCGCAUGUGCUCUCCCCCAACACCACUGCCUCCCUGCCCAACAUGCCCCCGCCCAGCCGGCUCAUGCUCUGA